AUGAGGCUCCAACUUCCAAGAGGCAGUAGCAGAGAGAGAGCCGCCGCGCCGCCCUCGCCGCCUGCCACGCUGUUGGACGAGGUGGAGCCGCUGGACCUGGAGAGCGUGGCCGCCUGGAGGGAUGAGGAGGACGACUACACCUGGUUAUACGUUGGCUCUUCAAAGACGUUCACCCCAUCUGAGAAAUCCCUGAAUCCUUUGCAGUGGUGUAGACAUGUCCUAGAUAACCCGACUCCAGAGAUGGAAGCAGCCAGACGUUCCCUGUGCUUUAGACUGGAGCAAGGUCUCAGGCAAGAUUAUGCUUCUACUUCAGCAUCUGUGUCAAGACAUAGUUCCAGUGUGUCAUUGAGUUCAGGAAAAAAAGGGACAUGUAGUGAUCAAGAAUAUGAUCGAUACAGUCUGGAGGAUGAGGAAGAAUUUGAUCAUUUGCCACCACCCCAGCCUCGUCUCCCAAGAUGUUCACCUUUCCAAAGAGGAAUUCCCCAUUCACAGACUUUCUCCAACAUUCGGGAGUGUAGGAGGAGCCCUAGUUCCCAGUAUUUUCCUUCAAAUAAUUACCAGCAGCAACAGUGUUAUUCACCUCAAGCCCAAACUCCAGAUCAGCAACCAAAUAGGACCAGUGGAGGUAGGUCCUUGCAUGGAGCUGGAAAUGGAAUUUCAAGAAUACAGUCUUGUAUUCCAUCACCAGGACAGCUUCAACACAGAGUCCACAGUGUCGGACAUUUCCCAGUGUCGGUCCGACAGCCUCUGAAAGCCACAGCCUACGUGAGUCCCACUGUUCAAGGCAGCAGUAACAUGUCUUUAUCCAAUGGCUUGCAGUUAUAUUCCAACACAGGAAUCCCCACACCAAACAAAGCUGCAGCUUCUGGAAUCACAGGCCGCAGUGCACUUCCAAGACCUUCACUGGCAAUAAAUGGCAGUAACCUGCCUCGAAGCAAAAUUGCACAGCCCGUUAGAAGUUUCCUUCAGCCUCCAAAGCCUCUGUCUUCACUCAGUACUCUGAGGGAUGGGAAUUGGAGAGACGGUUGCUACUGAUGCGGUUUUAUGUGCCCUUGAAGAAUGGGAAAGAAGUGGAAAUGAGGGUGUGUCCCCCAGCUGGCUGGGUGACAGGGUCUUGGGCUUUUCUUUCCCCUGUGCAUUUUAACAUUUACUGCAUUGUUUUUCAAUGGACCAAUCACCAGAGACUAAUUAUUGCACUUAAAUAUUUGCCUGACAUACUGCACCAUUCUCAAAUCCAUGGUGGCAGUAUUAACGAAACUUAGACCUAGGAAGUUUUUGUAGAACUGCUCUGUACCUGAAUCCUUUUUGAAAGAAUUGAGAUGUAUCAAUAAUGCUUUGCCAUAUGAGUUUUUUUUAAAGUAACUUGUUCAAUUUACUUAUGUGUUCUAGACAUCUUCUCAUUACAUGUUCAGUAUUUUAAUACCUUGCAUAUUUACAACUAGGUUCUAUAACGUAUGCUUUGAAAUUUACUUUUUUAUAGUUUACAGGGAUUUUAUUUUUUUGUGCCUAUUUCUUUUUACACCUAUGUGAACCACUAUGGAACAACUUAAAUUUUGUGCCAUAAAAAUAUUUUUGUGGUAAGGUACUAUUUUUUUAGCUUAGGGAUAUAUCAGCAAAAAUACAUCGUACAAUUUGAGAGACAUAAUUUUAUGUUGAAUGAGCACAACAUAAUCUGAAGCAUUGCAAGGAGAUAGCCAGACAGCAGUUAAAUGGUCUUGUCUUUUUCAUUGUUAAUUUAUUGUCAUACAUGAGUUUCAUAUUUAUAAUGGCAUCACAAGCUCAUUGCACUUAAUAUCUGCAAUGUUUGCUACUGUACCACAACUGAUUUUCAAUACUUUACUAUAAAGGAUGAAAUUGUAAUGUUUUAUUAACGAUGCUUCUGGAAAUGAAUGCAUUUUAAAGCAAAUAAAUCUUUUUGAUAGACCUUUUACAAAAUCCAUUUGCACUAAUGAAUGCUUUCUUAGGGUAUUAUAUGACUUAAUAUUUGUUACUGUGUAUACUGCUGUUUUGGAAUGUUUAGAAAUAAAGACUAUUUCAGCAA